AUGUUCGCUGCCAGCGAUGGUGUAACCACAACGGUUGAGGAGCCAGAGUACAUAGUCGAGAGGAUUCUCUGCCAGGACGACCGAAAAGGCAAACCUCUAUAUCUCGUCAAAUGGGAAGGGUAUGGUGACGAGGAAUGCACUUGGGAACCCGCCGAACAUUUUUCGGACCGGAGAACCUUGGACGAAUGGGAGCGCCAGCGCGCGGCUCAAGAUUUCCUGGACGAUGAAGAGCUUGCAAUGGUUCAAGCGCGAAUGAAGGCUUUUCAAGAAGCAACAGCGCGAAAGAAGCGACAGGAGGCACUGAGGCGUUUGUCCAAGCGGACUUUAUCCAGACGAUCACCCAGUCGGCCGCCAAAAUCUGAGUCGCCAGAGUCUCCAUCUUCAGCGAAAAGAUCACGGCCGUCUCAUCCGAACCCCGCAGACCAACCGGGACGCAAGCGACCACGAACAUCUCGUUCGCCAACUAUCAAGGAGGAAGCUCCACAGGGCUCCGAAGUGGUACAUGCGACUACUGCGCAGCGGCCACAUCCACAAAAUUCUACAGAGAACAACGCAGCCUCCGCCCAGCCAACAUCAAGCCAAGAAGAAGCAGCCAUACCUCUAGCAACACCGGGCGACUUAAGAAGUACCAAUACGCCUUCUUCUCCCCUGGCGCUGGCGCAUGGCGACACUGUACCACACCGAAAUUCCGAGGUAUACUGGACCGAAGCACAUGUUCAGACUAGUCAAGCAGCACCUAAUAAGAUAAAUACAAUUGUCAACCCAACCCUCAGACCCAAACACAAUAAGCAAGGAGGAUCAAAUACAAUGAAUGUUAGGAAGAAGCUAGGCGAUACCCAUGCAACACCAUUAGCGGCAAAUGCGGAACACGGCAAGGCAGGGCAGAGGUUCAAAAGUCUGAGACACCAGAAUAAUUAUACCAAAGUGGCACGCCGAGAACGUGCACCAGACAUCUCUAAGCUCGAUCUCAGAGAAGCUGAUGCAUGGCCCCUACCCGGACGAACUGAACUCUCAUUGAAAAUUCAAGAUGAUGCUCCAAGAUAUAAACGGGAUGAUUCACCUCUUUUUCUUCCAGAGGACAAUAACGCUGAGCUGCCUCAGGCCGAAGAUCAGCAGACGAGGAAAGGGAAUCCUACGAGCCCCAAUCAAUACCUGCCCAGCGGUCAACCACUACAGGCCAUGGCAGCGUCACCUAGCAGUCCAACGGCACCCUCGAGACCGGAGAAUCCUGAUGUGAAUCAGGGUUCGUCCAGGCAGUCUCGAGAAGACAUCUUGACUGAGACGCAAGCUUCCAGUGUCAGGACCAAGUCACGCGGUUUGACACCGCCUGGGCCGUCAACGAACGCAUUUGCAGAGAGACGGCCGUCACCGUCACGACUUCGCACAAAUUGUGCAAACUCUUCUCAGGCGGUUAGGUCUGAUGUCCCGGUUAAGGCCCCAACGUCCAUCAGCAUGUCAACGGUUCAGCAACAAUCCCAGGAUGUUUCUUACAACUAUGGUCCUCCCAAAAAGCCCAUGACUUCCAGCCUUCGCCGAACACCCUCAAGAGGCACCGAUCACGGAACGAUGUCCGAAUUUGAGAUAUCCCUUCGUUUUGGAAAACAUGUUGUGGGUGUUGAACACUUGACCAUGGAGUUCAAGAACAAGUUCGUUAUGAAGGCACAAGGUUUUUCUGACUUUUCUAGAAAUCUGCACCGGAAACAACAUGGGACAUUCUCGAUCCGGGGUGAUGGUGCGAAACAACGAGACAUAGAACAGCUAGGCAAGCAUUUGAAGGACAACGACUUGGUCGCCGUCUGGGAAUAUCCUACACCUCAGGAUACCCUUAUCCUGAUUCUGUACUCGAAUCCACCUCCUAUAUGGGCAGGUAUUAGCGAAGGGCCCGUCGGCGAGUCUGCAUCCCCUCUGAAAGUGGUUGUGCGAAAUAAGCAAGCUGGAUUCUUUAUGGAGACCGGUUCAGCAAGAACCGAGUAUGUCCCACGCUUGAAUGCCGAACGAGAUACAAAUUUGCCAAUAGACAGGCCCAAAUCCUCACAGCCUGCACUUCGACUCUCCACAAGAGAGAAUGCAGGAGUGGACACACAGACGCCAGCGGAACAGGUCGUGUCAACAACAACAACGCCGACGACAACGCCGGCAAAGGAGCAUACAGGUUUGGUGGAUUCUUAUGUACAGAGCCCAGUCAAGGCUCCAAUGCCGGCACCGAAUUCAGCAACACCAACGCGAAGGGAAGGUGAAAGUCCCGCGCAAGACACAUCUGUACAUCUGGAAGGAAACGCUCUCAUCAAACCCGCACCAGGGCGACUGUCGUUUCAGGCGGAUUUAGCAAAGUUGUUUGGCGACGUUGACUUGAAGAGAUUUGGGAGCAAAGCACGGGUAAUGAUCUGCUUUGGGGAAUCGAACCCGGUCGAAGCCGAAGCUGUCAAGCAAUGGCUACAGCUACAUUUGAAUCCGCGUCGGAUUUUUAUUGACACAGCGAAGGACGACUGGGAGGAGUUUCGGGUUGGCCUUUCCGACGAGAUUGCCGCUAUACUAUUCCACGAGCGGCACAGAGUAUAUUGCGAUCUUUUCGAGUUCUUCAAAGUUCUCCGACAUCCAUAUUUUUUCUGUCAUGAGCUCUCGUUCUCGUUCCCAUUGCCAGGCCUCCAACUGGAAAACCCCGAAGCCGACCAGCGAAGUCCUCUGAGGAGGCUCUUCCCACGAGGAACAGCUUUGUGUAUCACCGAAGACGCCUUGAUUUGCCAUCCGAAAGAGGUGUCGUGGGUAAUGCGCUGGUUCGAAGUGCAAUCAGGGAACAGACGGUCAAGUUGGAAGCUCGGCUUACCCCCAGACAUUUCUGGCUGGCUCUUGCGGAAGGCAAACGAAAACCCUGGGCCUAAAUCGAAUUAUGCUGGCAUCAUUGGAUCCGUGAAUCGACUAAACUUGCGAUCCUUGCACGCAUCAUGGAACAGCCACAUUCCCAACCCUGAUGAAUUUACUCAUUCUCAACCCUGGGACCGGAGUUCCGAACUCAUCCAGUCACCGUCGGCAUUACCCGCCUCUGGGACGUGGAACGACGCUGAGUUCGAUAGAGAGUCCUUGAAGGCGCGGGACAAGCUGCUACUAGAAUGGUUUGUCGCGUGGGCAGCAGGGAAUUCCCAUAAUCUUCGUCACUUCAUAUUUCUGGAUUCGACGCGUCACAACAACAAAACAGAAAAUCGUUCGUGGCACAUUGACUUCCGAGACAUCAAAUCGUUUGUCACGGAAGAAGAUGCGCGCUUGCAGGAAGAGAAGAAGCGAGCAGAGCAGAAGAAGCGAGAAGACGAGAGGUUGCGAGAGAGCGAGAAGAGACAGGCUUCAGUUUCCUUCUGA